AUGACUGCAGAUGAGAUGAGAAUAGAGUAUGGUGAUGAGAAUAGACGCUUCUUUCUCAAACAUUGCGACUGUUUUUCGUUUCCGCACAGGAAAGCUGGCUGUGCAGUAGUAGGAACCAUGGAUAUAUUUUUCAAAGGAACCAUAACAAGUUCACCUAUAAAAACCAGGAAUACACAGGGACAACAGCCAUCCUACAGUUUUGACACAUCCUUCCUCUCUGAUGCUGCUUAUGAGUGUUUCGCCACCAGUCCGGAAACAGGCUUAGUGCACGUGUGCCGUCGAAGUCCACGCCUACUUGCAAAUGGCUACUAUGUACUGACAGAAGACAGUAUCGUAACAGAUGACCAGGGUAACCUGACCCUCACUCCGACACAGACCAACGUUUCCUACAAGGAAAAUCUUGCUCGGAUUUUCCGUCGGAGACCCAAAGCCAAGAGGUCUUUUGCCACGCUCUUCAAUGACGUUAGCCAGUCCUUGCUCAAUGGAGAUUCUACUAAAGUUGUGCCUCUUAAAGGCCAAGAAAGUAUUUUACCAGAGGUGGAGUCUCUCUCUGAAGACUGUUCUGCCCCUGUUCUAUGUGCUCAGUCAUUGAAUAGUCUGGUUGAUGUCCCAUCACAAUCUAAAUGUUACUGCAUACCCACCAAUCCGCCAUCAGAUGCUGUGUUUAGGAAAGCCUUCCUUGUCCUCCUCUUCACACUGUGUCUCUGUGCAAGCAUGUUUUCCAGAUAUGUGUGUGGAGGAAUUGCUGUGGCAGCGGCUUUCCUUUUCCUGAUAUCAUCUAUACGUGGCUCUAAGUCUGGAACAAUGCACACAAUUUGGACCAAAACUGAGGAUAUCACAUCAAGAAAUGAGUGAUGAAGAAACACACAUGGUCUAAGGCUACGGUCACACUACAGCCCGCGAUGCUUAUCGAUGAAAAUGAGGCAUUUUGGUGGCGAUGCUUCUCCAAUCUUCAAGAAGUGUUCCCAAACCCAUCUGUGAGUGUUUGCUGCUUAGUUUGCCGACAAAAACAUCGCCACCAAAUUUCAAUGUAUGCAUUUAAAUUUUUUCACAAUGUUUUUGGCCACUCAUGAGGUGGAGACACACCAAAAAAAAAAAAAACCUUGCAAAACUCAGAGAACAUUCGCCAUGCAUCACACGAUUGGUGGCAAUGUAACCAAUUUUUCAUCGCCAAGCAUUUGUAAACCCAUCAUGAGCUGUAGUGUGACCAAGGCUUAACAGACACUUGCACACAGUCACAAACAAGCCAAAGUGAAUUACUGAAUCCACAUCUCAAGUAACCCAAGUAUGUGCAAAUGUGCAUCUCCAUGCCCAAAUGUAUUAGCUUUCUAAUGUCUGUGAUAACUUCUCUUUGGUGUGCUGUCUAUUAUUCAGAAGAUUGUAAGGUUGAGCUCUGAAAGGAGCACCAUAACCAGAAAAAAAAAUGUUACAUACAAAGUAAUGCCUCACUGUUCAAUAACUCACUCAUACACAUUUUUCUGUUUGAUAUCUUAGUACUUCAAGAGUCUAUCCACUAACAACUCCCACUGUAUAACCAAACAUUAUUUAGUGAAGCAUCAGGUCUGGAAGAGCACCUGAAAACUGUGUACAUUGAAGGAAUGUGUAGCUAUGGAAUAUGACGAUAGAAAAAAACUAUAGAAAAAGACUAUACUGAUAUUUGUUAUGUUUAUAUUAUCUAAGAAUGGGCCAGUAUUAGGAAAUGCCUCCGUUUUUUAUAAUAUGGUGUUUGCUAUUUAUUUAGUAAUGAUGAUGGUGGUGAUCAUGAUAAGUUUUUUUUUUUUUAAUUAUUAUUAUUGUGUGAUUGUUGUUUACUACUUAUUCUUUCCACAUAUUUGGCACUUCACUCCUCUUGUAGUUUUUGUGCUAGAAACUUCGUUCCAACUGUAAAAUGUCUGGCCCCUUGAGGAAAAGUGUCAUUGUAUUUUCUUUUUCAUAGUCCACCUGCAUCCCUGUUUUUUUUUAAUCCCUAUAUCCAUCCAUUUUUUCCCAUAGACUUAGAACGAAAAAUUUUUCAAACUGCUUUAUUAGUAUUGGUGAAUACCCAUGUUAGUUUUCAAAAUAAUCCGUCCAAACUUAAUAGACAUGUUCUGGGAAACACUAAAAAGCACUCCAACUCUUUUAAUACCUCCAUCACUUCUGCUUUAUUUUUAUCCCUUCCUUUUCUUCCCAUUGGCUUCAAUUCAUUUUUCAAGGCCUAACUGCUUCUAGAGAAAGCUAGAACUGCUGCUUCUUUUUCUUUUUCAUCCCUCCAUCCUCCCAUUAGAAUCCAUUGAUUUUAGUACUCCUACAUAUUUUAAGGUUGAAUCAAGAAACUUGGUAUAUGAUUUCAAUGCAAAAGUACAAAACUAAACUGCUUUUCUUACUAAUAACACUCAUCUCUCUCACCCUUCUAUUCUUUCAUCCAUCCUUCUAGAGCAAUCCACUGAUUUUACUAUUCAUUGAACUUUUAAGGUAGAACUGCCAAAUGUUGUAUGCAGAUUCAGUUGUUGAAACAAAGCACACCUUACAUGGUCUGGUAUACCUUUUUCUGUCCUCCUGUUUUUCUCUUUUCCAUUGCUCCAUCCUCCCAUCAGAAUCCAUUUAUUUUACUACUCCGACAUCUCUUAAAGGAGUCACGAAACUUGGUAUAUUUAUUCAAAUGCACUUAACUGCUUUUCAUAGUAAUGACACUCAUCUAUCUCACCCUUCUAUUCUUUUAUUCAUCCUUCCAUAGCAAUCCACUGAUUUUACUACUCCUUCAACUUUUACGGUAGAACUGCCAAACUUUGUAUGUAGAGUCAAUUGCAGAAACGAAGCACACCCUUUUGUUAUUUGUUCACCCUGCUUUUCUCAGUUGCUUCCUUUCUAGCUUAAUGUAAAAGGCAAUCACACGUAUUUUCAAUCUCCAAGAAAUGGCCUUUUCUUGUUGUCGUUGUUGUUGUUGGAUAAAGCCGACAGAUAAGUAGGUUAUGACACAAUGCCAGAAUGUCUGUCUAUAAGGCCAGUGAGCACAAGGGAACUUUGUCAACCACAGGUCACUCCACCAACUUUGUCAUCUUCAAGAUGCUGCCCACAAGCAAGUGCCCACAGCACUGGAUUAAGAGGGGAGUGGCUAUGCUCUGCCAGCUUAACAAUUAAUGACAUACCUUUUGACCUUUGCAGUUUAGUAAAUUUUAUACAGGGUAAUGCCUUUUAUGUAGCUGAAGUGCCCUUGAGCAAGGCACCUAAUCCCCAACUGCUCCCCAGGUUGGUUUGGAUAUGUUGUGCUUCACUCUGGAUAAGAGUGUCUGCUAAAUUCCUGUAAUGUAAUGUAAUAAUACUGAAAACAUCAUCUUUAAAGUUGUCUCUGAGAUAUAGUACUAGAAAUGGUUCAGUUGCAUAUAACAUGUUUAAUUGAAUUGCAGUGAACUUUGGCUCAGCACAAACAGUAUCUUGAGUGGCCUUCAACACAGUUGGCAAUAAUGUAAUUUAUUUUUUUACAUUGGGAAAUAUUACAUUGUAAAAAUAUUAUACUUGUAUCAACAUUCAGUCAAAAUUUUGGAUCAUGGAAAAAUGGGUCCCAGUGAUCUCAUCCUCUGGGUUGGUGAAAUUUAUUGGGCUUUAACUGAAAGUUGUAAUAACACAGCAGCAAAGGAGGGGUGGAGGUGUGAAGUGAUGCUACUUAUUGAUCAUUAAGUGCCUUUCCUAUUGCAUCUUCAGGUACUCAGUCAUGGCUAUAUAACAGCUCAGAUUCAAGCCUGAAGCCCUGUUGUAAGGUGCACAUGCUUAGUGAAAUGCAAUGAUUUUAAUGAGUGUCAAACUGCUGUGCAGUGCUAGUUGGGUUUGUUUAGAGGUUGACCUAGACAUUCCAUUAGAAGGUCCAGACUUUCUUGAAUGUUCAGUGACACUGCCACUAACUCUGCAUGUAGUUUGUUAUUAACUAAUAUGAAUAACAGAAUCAUAUAUAAAUGAGUCAUAGAUAGAGAUUAAUUUUUGUGACCCUGUGCAGAUUUCUUGAGACAUCGAGACAUUGCUUUAUUAGGUACACUGCUAUACUUGGAAUGAGAUUGAGAUCAAAGAUAAACUAUGUAGUUCUUUAGAAUAUUCUUCAUGGAAUAUUCUUAUUGAAUAUUCCAUGUUCCAGCACAUGUUCCAUCGUUUUAUAAUGAGCACUUAGGCCACACAAAUAUUGUGAAUGAUUUAUUA